GAAUGUUAAUGUUUUGUUUAUGAAUUCAAUAACUUGCACUCCUGAGUCCUGUAAAAACGGAUCAAGGCGGAGUACAACGAUAAAAUUUAAAAAAAAUCAACGCCAGACAAAAGCUUUCUUCUAUGACAAGGGUCCUCGGUUAUCCUUUAUCUGUAGGGCUUUUGAGAGGUGUGCGGGGUGUCUGGAACGCAUAUCUUCCUCCCCCAAGUUUUAAUAUGGGGUUAUUUUUGCUUCGCUUUCCGCUGCCUUUGGAGUAAGGUAAAGCGACUAACAAAUCCAACGAUCAAAUAAAUAUUAAUUUAAAAAUACUAACAACACUGUAACCGCCAACCCAUUCCAUCUUCUGCCUAGAUUACAAGGAGGUCCUUAAAACACAACAUGAAAAAAUUUGAGUGUCAGCGCGUGGGAGGAAGGAGCAACAGGGAGAACUGGCAAAUCUGUCCUUUGCGCGCGCCUCCCUCGUUUUCCCUUUUCGGCGGGGGAGGCGGAGGCUAGUGCACGCGAGGCGCGCCCCCCGCUCCUCCCUUGGAACGUCGAACCUCCCCGGCGUUCUAUCGGAAGCGGCGAUUGUUCCGCCUUUUGCUACAUCGCGCUCCGAGCCGCCCGCGCGGAGGGUUAGAGACGGGGAGAGGGAGAACCAGAACAGGGCAUGCCUGGACAGCGCCUGCCAGCGCCGCCGCCGUCGCCGCGGCUCCUCCUCUUCCUCCGACGGUCAUAAACAAUAAAGUCACCGCCGGCCGGGAGAGAGAGAAAGAGAGAGAUUGAUUGAUUUGGUGGGGGGGGAGAGGAGGGGGCAUCAAAAGAAAGAAGCCGAGCGCGGAUCAUCUCUAGGCUUUUCAGGGGAGCAGGGAAGGAGGAGAAGAAGAAGGGAUAAAGCGGAGGAAGGAGGUGGGGGGGCGGCCGCGGCGGCCGCAGCCUGGUUCCCGUCGGGAGGAGGCAGAGGGGGCGGCCCGAUCUCCCCGCAUGGAGGGUCCCUGCUCUCUGGGGGUGAGCCUCUUCUCGGACCAAGGCGGCAGGAAAUACAUGGAGGACGUCACCCGCAUCUUGGUCGAGCCGGAGCCAGAGGCGGCGUCGGGGAUGGGCGCAGCGAGCGGCGGCGGCGGCAGAGCAUUAGGCGGGGAUGAUGGCGGCGGCGGCGACCGCUCGGUGGCCUUCUUCGCCGUCUGCGAUGGGCACGGCGGGCGCGAGGCGGCCCAUUUCGCCCGGGAGAACCUCUGGCCUUUCAUCAAGAAGCAGAAGGGCUUCCGAUCCCACAAGCCGGCCGCCGUCUGCGCCGCCCUCCGCAAGGGCUUCCUCGCCUGCCACCGGGCCAUGUGGAAGAAGCUGCGUGAGUUACUGCUGCCCUUCGCUGCUUGUAAACCCCACAUCGCCUUGUUUGUUUGUUUGUUUACCCCCCCUUCCCCACGUUUGUUUGUUUGUUUACCUUUCCCCCCCAUCGCAGCUUCCCCCUAUAUAGACAGCGGGACUUGCUUUGCAGCCAAGUAAAUGGGUGUACGAUGACAGCAGGACUGUGCGCCGGAGUUUCCUCGGGAGUAAGGGCGCAAUCCUAACGAUACUUGUUCAGAAGUAAGGCCUACUGAAUUCACUGGGGCUUGCCCCCUCUCCUCCCGUAAGUGAGGUUCGGAUUGCCUACUAUACAACGCAAUCCUAACCCUGCCAUGCUUGAGUUCAGUGGGGCUUACUCCCGGGUAAGUAGGGUUCGGAUUGCAACUGCUGCUCCGGAUAGAUGCAGGUUUACUCAGGAGGAAGGCGUUUGUCUUCUAUGAAUUGGGCUUGCUCCCAGGUAAAUGAGCAAAAGCCUCGCACCGCUAUGGGCAGCGUCUCAGAAUUAACUCCUAUGGAGUUGUCUAAGGAUGUAUCCAACUAAAUUCUUUUCCCCAUUGAAAGACAUAGACCUGAUUUAGUCGUGCCCCUUUGAUUUCAGUGGCUAGACUCUAAGUAGAACACUAGAUGCAACCGGCUGUCAUCUUCCUGGUGGAAUCCAGUGGGAUUUCCAGAAUGGCAGCACGUUUUCUUGCAAGCCUGUGCAGGUCUCCUUGGAAGUAAGUCGUACAGGAUUCAGAGAGAUACUGGAUGUUGUGCCACACAGUGUUAUAGUGCCAGCUUCAAAGUCCUCCCCUGUUCACGCCUACUUCAGAGGUAGCUCUCACUGAGUUACUCAUUCUGUUAUUUAAUUGUUUUGCUUUCAAUGAAGCUUACUCCCUCAAAUGGAUUUACAAUGGCAGAGGGGCUCCCUCCAUUGUGUGUGUCUGUGUUUUGGGGAGCAUCUUCCGUGACACCUCCUUUCCUGGAAUUAAAGUAGCUCCAGGUUUUUACUUCCUUUCUGUAGCAUUCACAUAAGGGAAGAGAGAUCCUGAUUAAAUCUGACUCGGGCUAAAUUGGAUAGUAUUAUUUUGGGCUGCUGUUACAAGCGAUGCAUUUGGAUUAAUUUUUUUUAUGCAUCAUGCAUUGGAUAGGAUUGGGGGGGGGUUAGUUAAAAAAAUAGUAUUAUUGAUAAUAGAUUGUCUGAAUUUCUGACCUGCCAAUAAAAAAAAGUUGUGACUUGCAUAUUCAAACAUGUAGCUGGAUCCUGUGUGUGUUGCCUAGGAAAUGUGUCCUACUGCAUUGAGUGGGAAUACAGGAAUUCAGGUGCUGCCUUAAGCUGAGUUAGACCAUUGGGGUCCACCAGUGUUCGAAAUUAGUCAGGCACCAGGCACAUUUUGCUAAUGGCACAGGUCCAUGGAGAUCUCUGGAUGCUAGGUUGGCAAUUAACAUCUCACUCUGGCUGGCCUCUCCAGCUUUCUUAAGCAAGUAAGCAGAAGAGCUUAUUUACUGCAUUCAUACCCCACCUUUCCCCCCAGAGAGUACAUGGCUCACCCACCCCCUCCUCAGUUAAUCCCUACAACAACCUUGUGAGGUAGGUUAAGAGGCUGUGCUUGACUCCCAAGGUCACCCAGUGAGUGAGCUUCAUAGCUUGAGUGGGGAUUUGAACCCUGAUUUCCCAGGUCCUAGUCCAACACUUUAACACUGGCUUCCCAGAGUCCUCCUGCUGUGGAGCAGCUAUAUAAAUUAAGUAGGUACUGUAAAUAAACAUGGGGAAAGCAAAAUGUCAAUUAGAGAAGGAUCUGAAAUAUUUUCCUUGAAGCUUGGCUUUGUUUUAUUCUGGAUUGUUUUAUUUGAUAUUUUAAUGUGUUGUAAACCACUUUGAGUUUUUUUUGUUUAAACUAUAAAGCAGUAUAGAAAUGAAACUAAUAACAAUAAUAAAUCUCACUGCCCCCCCAUGGUACCUAGACAUUUAAUUGUGUUGACCAUAACCCAGGUUUAAGGAGCCAUUUGGUGAUUUUACCUGUUUCUAACACUGGCACCUAGCUCAGUAUUGUCGGCAUCACUCCAGGAUUUCAGACAGGAAUAUUUCAGACAGGAAUAUUUACCAGCCCUACUAGCUGGAGAUGCUGGGGAUCCAACCUGAGACCUUUGCAUGCAGAGCAAAUGUUCAACCACUGAGUUAUAGCCCCUUUCCCAAGGGGAGCCUAACCCCAGUGGGGCUUAUUCCGAAAUUAAUCACCUGCAGAAUUGUUCAGUUUUAUGAACACUCAAGUAGGGAGGAGUAUGUCCAAAUGGGGAGUAGAUGUUGGCUUGGGCCUUAGUUCUGUUCCUGCUUGCUUGGUGCCAAAUCCUGUUGAUCUCUGGGGUGAACACAUGAAUGGAACCGGACUUCAGAGCUGGGACUUUGUGUGUAGAGGAAGCGUUGACUGGGUCUCGCUUACAAAGUAAUUGCACACAUCUGCGAAUAGGCAGAAUUUCAUCUUCACAUGGAACUGUUGACCCGUGGUUUCAUAUAACUUUCAGCCAGGGGUGGGCAACCUGUGGCUGUCCAGAUGUUUUUGGACUCCAGCUCCCAUCAUCCUUAAAUGUGUUGGCUGGGGCUGAUGGCAUUAAGCCCAUCAACAUCCAGAGAACUGUAUGAUUGCUUAGAAAGCCAAUGGUUUCCUCCUGCCUGACUGGUCAAUGAAUGCAGAGGCACUAGGGCGGUUGACAAGAGUCUAUUCAAGUUACCGUAUUUUUCCGUGUAUAAGACACUCCCAUGUAUGAGAUGACCCAUAUUUUUUGAGCCCCAAAUUAAGAAAUAAUUAAUUGCAACAUUGCAUGUAUAAAACGACCCCCAAUUUUAAACUUUAAAAAUUUGGGAGAAAAUACAGUCUUAUACACGGAAAAAUACAGUAACUCUUCAGUUAAUUUCCAAUAUUUUGGAUUGCUUGUGCUUUUAGUCCAUAGCUCCAUUCACCUGUAAUCACACUCUAGAGGUGCUCUUCUAAGGCACUUGCAAGUUUCUUGUAGUCAUUAGAGUAGGACCCAUGGGUCCUGGGUUCAAAUCCCUAUUCAGCCAGAAAGUUUUUACUGGGUGACUUUGGGCCACUUGGCAUCUCUCAGUCUAACCUACCUGGGGGAGUGGGGGAAUCACAUAUGCUGUCUUGAGGUCUUUGGAAGAAAGGUGAGAUAUAAAAAUAAAAUCCUGCUUAUUUCAGUGGGACUUACUCCUGGUUAAAUGUGUGUAACGUUGUCACCUUGUACACCCCACCGCAAUUAACCCCCCCUCCCCUUUGCAGGCUUAAUUCUUCAUUACAACUGUUUCACUGCUCAUUCUGCCUUCUCACUUCUUUUCCCCCUUUUAAAAAAUGUACAUUAUCUGAAAUUCGUGGUCAUUUAUCCCCUUCCUUGAUCCUGAAAUGUGAUGGGGUUAGCAGCGUGAAAGCUGAGUAGUGUUCCUGAACUUGGAUAUGUGUGCAAAUGAAGAAAAAAUUAAGACAAAACUCAGAAUAUCCUAAUAGCCCCGUUUUGUCAGUGUAUAUCACAAAAGGAAACAUUUGUGCAUUUUAAGCACUUUGCAGAACUCUGGGCUCCUAUCCAUUAAUAAGAUUGUACCCUUUUCUCCUUACUUCGCUUGGGCUGCAAUCCUUCCAUGUGCUACUUAGAAGUAAGCCCUGUUGAAUUCAGUGGGCUUCCAGGUAAAGUGGGGUUAGCAUUUCAGCCUUUGUCUCUCCCUUCCUCCAUCCCAAACCCCCUGUAAGCUCUUUGUUAAAACAGGGUAUGGCCAAAAUUGGUUACAGCUUGUUGUAGCCAGGAAACAGGCCUGGACUGAAUUAGUGACAACAAGGGGAAUGUCCGAAAUAUAUAUUGCAAAUGCUCGGUUCUCAUAAAGAAUGGAGCGUGGCUGUCAAAUUUCAGAUUUCCUUCCUUAAUUGUUUUGCAGAGCAGAACCGGAGUGUGUUUGUGUGUGCCAUUUUAGGGUCUGUUUCUCUUACCCAUUUUCCUGGUUUUUCAGGGCUAUAUAAGAUAGCAUCAGGGCCGUAUCAGGUUGCUUUCUGUAGCCCCCCCCCAUGUUAUUCUCCCCUCCCCUUCACCUGGCUGCAAGUUUAUCCAGAGGCAGCCUCUCCAGGUGCCAUUUUAAAUUCCCCACAAUGCCAUGGGGCGCGCUCAGUGUAGUGUCACACCAGGGAGCCCUGGGAAAGUAAAAUGGCAGCCUUCAGCGGCCAAUGGCAUAGCAAGGUCUUGGAGCACUGUGAUCAGGUCACAGAAGAAUGAUGGGAUAUAAAUGAACUGGGUGGGAGGGAACACUGUGUGUUGGGAAGACAGCAGUCAUGCUAAGAUUUGCAAGGUGUAGCUGAUGAAUCGAUCAAAAUGUUUUCAACUGACUAAAAAGGAGCUCCUGAUUAAUAGGACAGGAAGCUUUUCUUUUAAAAAAAAAAUAAAACAUUUUUAAUGCAGGUCAUAUUAGGAAAGAGGUGUAGCCUCUUGUGUGUGAUGGGGUUCGGUCCCCAACAUCUUGGGAUACAGUUGGGAAAGACUUCCUGUUUAAAAUCUUGAAGAGCUGCUGCCAGUCCGUGUAGACAAUAGUGGGCCAAUGGUCUGAAAAGUACUAUAAGGCAUCCAUUUGGCCACUGUGAUCCUGGGGCUUUGGUCAGAUCCACCAGGGCUCUUCUUAGGUUCUUAUGACCCUAAAUUAACUGCACUGUACAGUACAGUGCCUGUCAUUCUUGCCCAAACCCUGAUUUUUUUAUUUGCAGGUAUUCUAUUUAUUGGCAUUUCCUUAGCUGUUCAUUUACAUAUUGCAUUUGAGCUUUCACAUGAUGCCAAAAGCCACUUCCGAAUCUAUAGUGCAAGUUUCGUACCCAUUUCCAUAUUACUUACAAAUGGAUUUUUCUUUUCCUGGAAAGAAAUAACACUGAAAUUAGCCCUGAACUUGCACUAUAUUCCACUAAAAGUUCAAGAAGUAGCUUUUACGUUGUUUGAAAGCUCAAAUAUAAUGCUGAACUGAAUAAGGGAAACGGAAUAAGCUUCCAUGUGAAUGCCGCCUUAGAGUUGGAUCUGGAAGAGCUGGACUCAAAUCUCCGCUUUAACCGUGAACUCACGGGGUGGACUUGGGUGCAGUCAAGCUCUCCUUAAAUGGACAUCUGCUUUGCAUGGUUAUUGAGGAUCUUGCCUUCAGCUUUGUUACUCAGAAGGAAAAGUGGGAUUCAGAUAAUAGCUAAAUAAAUAAAAUGCUUGCAACAACAAUAAUAAUCAUCAUCAGGGUUUAGGCAGGACUGACAGGGGCUGUACAUUCCUGUUAAUUCCGGAUCAUAAGAAGCUAAGAAAAGAGCCCUUGGUUGAUCGGACCGAAAGCCCACCAAGUCCAGCAUCUCAAUGGUCACCCAGUUGCCUGUGCGAAGUCCGCAAGCAGGUCAAGAACACAACAGCGAAUCUGCCCACUUGCGAUUCCCAGCAGCUGGGCAUUCAGAGCAGAAGAACGAGCUGCAAGAAGGAGCGAGGGGCUUAAAAUCAGUGUCAAGACCCAGGGUUGCUCCUAGCAGCUGGGCUUCCGAAUCCUGGCUGGCAAUUGGCACGUGCUGCAGCCAGUUGAUGCACUCUUGGCUCUGUUCCCUGGCCAAUGGCUCAGGGGGGUAGGGGAGGGACCUGCCUUUGUUCCUCUGAGCGCAUUUGGUUCGCAAGGGGGAGGGAGAGAGAGAGAGAGAAGGGGCUGCAAAAAUCUGUCCAGUGUUUGUGUGUGUGUGUGUGUGUGUGCAGAGGUGAGGAGAGGUGUCUCAAAAAGUCUUGAUUGGAUCUCUGAGUUUAAGCAUGCCUUCUGUGUAUGCGUGGGCUCAAACAAAAAACGGAUUUGACCAUGAGCUGACUGUGGUUGUACACAGUUCGUUGUGCUGCUGUUUCUUUAAUCCCCGUGGUGCAGUGAUAUUUGUGGUGUAUAUGUUGUGUUCGCCCCCGCCCCCCCAAAGGCAUCCUCAGUGUCUCAGAAGAGUUGGGAAAUGUAGGAAGUGGCCUUAUAUCAAGUCAGAACAUUGGUCCAUAUAGCUCAAUAUUGUCCACACUGACUGGCAGCAGCUCUCUAGGGUUUCAGGCGGGGGGGGGUCUCACCCGACCCAUGGGCCUUCCUCACGUGGAGCAGAUGCUGUACCAUUGAAAAGCGACCCCUUCCUGAGAGCUGUGAGGAGACCCCCCCCCCGUUCCCCUCCUGGAGCCACAGUGUGGUUUAACAAGCCUUAUUCUUGGAAUUGAAGCUCUGUGAGGGGGACAGGCGCCUCCGAGCAACUCUCAGCACCCCUAACAAACGGCCUUUCCCAGAAUUAUUUAGGGGUGGCAGAAGCCAUGGCUUUUUAGAGUCACAUGCUAGUGCUUUAAGUUGAUGGUGCGCAUGUGGCCUUUGGGUUUGGGAACUGGCCCACUGGAUACGGGGAAUAGUCACUUCCAUGGUUUCGCUUGCUUUUGACUCUGGCCCUGCCCACUGCUGGAAUGCAGCUUCUGGAAAUAAGGGAAUGUGGGCCUUAUGCUGAGAAACUUUCCCCAUUAUUAUUAUUAUUAGUAGUAGUGCUAGUAGUAGUAAUAGUAGGAGUAGGAGUAGGAGUAGUAUAGUGCUCUUCAAAGGCCUCAAAGCAGUUCACAGCAUUAAAAUAUAAGAUAAAACAAAAUAAAUAAUAAAAACCAGAACAAAACAUACCAAUUCCGCCCCCCCUCAAAAAAACACAUUUAAAAGGAUAUAUGUUAAUCGGCCCAAGGCCUGAUGGAAGAGGAACGUUUCCGCCUGGCACCUAAACAUAUAUAAUGAAGGCAGUCCUCGAGCCAUUUAAGGCUUUAUAGGUCAAAACCAGCCUUUUGAAUCGGGCCAGGAAGCUAAUGGGAUGCCAGUGCAGUCGGAUUAGGAUCGGCUCAAACCGUCUUGUCUCAGUGAGCAACCCGGUCACCAAAUUCUGCAUCGGCAGCCCCAUGUAUAAACACGUUGAGGUAAUCGAACUGAGAGGUUCCCAGAGCCUAGGUGACAGAAGUGAGGCUAUCCCUGUCCAGAUUGGGGUGCAGCUGGGCCACCAGCCGAAGCUGAUGGAAGGCACUCUGGGCCACCGAGGCCACCUGACCCCUUUGGGGAAUGAGUAUUUGUGGGCCUGGUUUAUGCCUGUACUUUUUGUUCAGGAUGUUGUGCCUAAGUUAAAAUCCAUUUUCUCCUCUCUCUCUCUCCCCGCCCCCGCUUUGCAGCAGAGUGGCCGAAGACCAUGACCGGCCUGCCAAGCACGUCCGGGACGACCGCCAGCGUGGUCAUCAUCCGGGGCUCAAAGAUGUACGUGGCUCACGUCGGCGACUCGGGUGUGGUGCUCGGAGUCCAAGACGACCCCAAGGACGACUUCAUCCGGGCUGUGGAGGUGACGCAGGAUCACAAGCCUGAGCUCCCGAAGGAGAGACAGCGGAUCGAAGGCCUCGGGGGCAGGUAGCCAUCUUGUCUUAUCUUCUUGUGCUGUGUGACGAAAAAGUUGGUUCUGCUGGACAGGUUGGAUCAGGGGUCAGCAAACUUUUCCAGCAGGGGGCCGGUCCACUGUCCCUCAGACCUUGUGGGGGGCCAGACUAUAUUUUUUUGGGGGGGGGGAAUGAACGAAUUCCUAUGCCCCACAAAUAACCUAGACGUGCAUUUUAAAUAAAAGCACACAUUUUCCUUGUAAAAACACCAGGCAGGCCCCACAAAUAACCCAGAGAUGCAUUUUAAAUAAAAGGACAUAUUCUACUCAUGUAAAACAUGCUGAUUCCCGGACCAUCCACAGGCCGGAUUUAGAAGGCGAUUGGGCCAGAUGCAGCCCCCAGGCCGUAGUUUGCCUACCCAUGAGUUGGAUCAACAAGUGUUUUUUUUCUUCUUCUGUUUUUACCUGCCAGCAAAUGGUUAACGAACGGCAGCCUCUGAUUGGCCGUGGUUCCAGGAGGGAGAGUUUAAAAGGAGAGGAUUUAAAGAGAGACAAUUAGUUAAGAGGGGGGUUGAGGGGGGUUGGAGUUGAGGUUGGUAGAUAGGUAGGGAGACAGGUUGAGGUAAAAAGAGUUAAUGGGAAAAAGAGUUGGUUCUGGAAAAAAGCAGCUUCUGCUCUGAGCGUAUUGUGAAGGACAGAGUGUGGUGUUGCACAGUUUUUUUAGCUCCCCCCCCCCCCCGUAACUUUUUGUACACAAUAAGGAUCCCGCGAUCUACCAGGAUCAGCUGGGGAUCUACUGGUAGAUCGCGAUCUACUGGUUGGACAUCCCUGGUCUAUUACUUAAAGUACCUCAGGAGCAGGAUUGUUAAAGGGGGUGGAUAACUGAAAGAAAGUAUCACCGCAUAAAGGAACCAAACCUAUAACGCUAAAACAACUGAGGACGAAUUUAAGCGAAAUCACACUGUAUUCCUGAAGUAGCCUAAGUUUAACCCAUUUGUGUUGUAUACUAUGUUGCCUUAAAUAAAUCUUUACUGUUUAUUUAAAGAAAACCUGUCUGAGACUCCGACUUACUAGUUAUCCCCUCACAAAGGUCCCCCCGCAGGAUACACUGGGGUAGAAUUUUAAGAGGAAAAUAAAAGAAACCUUCGGGUAAAGGGUUGUUCAGUGAGGUGGGGGCAAUUUAUCUAAGAGAGAGCGGGCCCAACGGCAUGAGAGGAAAAAGUGCUGUCGCGCCCGUCCCAUGCUGCUCCCAAGAGGAGGCGUUUUCACAAGGCUCCCUGGUCAUCUAUCCCUGGGGUUGGCAGCUGGAUCUGGCGAACAGGUCAGAUCCUGACUCCCUCCACCCCCUGUGGACCAUUUUGACCGGUGUGGACUGUCAAUCAUAUAACACCACAUGAUGCUUUUCUGCCAAUCUUGGCUCCCAAGGGGAUUUGUAGUGAAGGAUAUUCAGGGCCUGAGUCAUUUAGGACUUUGAACAUUAAUGUGACUUGGGCCUGGAAAUGAACAGGCAGACAAUUUAUGGGGUGGGGGGAGAGAGAGCCUUGUUGUCAGUUGCCUCCCACCUGAUUCCCCCUUUUUUAACUGAGGUGCCAAUGGUUAUAAAUGUUUCCUGAUUUUAAAUGAUGGUAAACUUGGCUAAGAUCGUAUAAUACAGCAGUCUCUGAAAAUGUCCCCCCAAAUGAUAAAUUCGAUAUCAACCUGCCCCUGCACUGAGAUGUGCGUCUCUUACCUUGCUGCCAUCAAUGCCCAAAAUAAGGGGAGGCUUCAUUAUCAUUUCAGCACUAAGUGAAAAAUUCUCCAUUUCCCUCAGCUUCUAAACACUGCUAGCUUUUCAGGGUUUCAAAUCAUUUUAAGCCUUUUAAAAUUGUUUUAUCUGGAUUUUUUUUAAAUGUGUUUUAUUUGUGUGAGAGGAAGAUGCUGGUUGGCUGUUAAAAUGGACAAACAAAUGAAAUAUUUAAAAUGUAUAUAUGAAUGUGUGACUUUAUUAGCUGGAUCAGAGCAAAGUGUCUGUCUAGUCCCAUUUCCAGCAGCAGGCUGCCAGAUGCUCCUGGGAAAUUUGCAAAGAAAGUCAUGAAAGCAAAUGGCUCCCUUUGGUUGCCAGACCCCGGCAUCUGGCGCUGAGCUCUGGCGCAGAAAAAGCUCUGGCUCCCUGCGAGUCGUAGUCCAUAAAUCAUGAGCCAGCCCUCGGGAGCUCCCCUUUUCAUUUUGCUCUCCUGCUGGGGUUGGAUGUCAUUUUGGCAUGGAUGCCAACCAAUCAGGAUGCCAGCUAUGGGCAAGAGGCCAACAAAGCAGGGUUCCCAUCCCAACCAGAGGCGGAGUAGAUUUGCAAGGUUGGUCAAGCUGGCGCUAACCUUCCUUUCACCCCGCUGUCUGCAGACACAGUCUAGAGCGGGGUAGCCUACGUGGUGUCUUAUAGCUCUAGUCUUCCCAAGCUAUUGGCCAUGCCAGCUGGGGUUGAUGGGAGUUGUAGUCCACAUAUGGAGGACACCCCAUUGGCUAUUGCUGAUCUAGUGUCACCCUGGCUGACAUCAGCCGUGGUUGGAAUCCCUGGCAGUCAUGGUUUCCAUUGCAGCCUGAGUGUGAGGUGCAGUUGCAGACCAGCCAGACUCCAAAGUGCAGUUGCAAACCUUGGUCAGGCCUAACAUUAACUUUCCUCCCUGGCGUGUUGGUUUUUCUGUGUGUGGUGAUUUAUUAUUUGUACGGGGGAGCAUUUAAUCAUGUCAGCCCUCCUGCAUUCUGAAGCAGUGCAGCACAGGCAAAGAAUGUACCAUUCUUGACCUCAGUACUCCAUACAACAAGAUAGGCCGGUAUUAAUAUUAUUUUUAUUAUUAUCCAUAUCAUAGAUAUGGCAGUGGGGACUUGGUCUGAGAUAAGAGGCCUCUUAUUGAAAGUUUUGCUAAGGUGAGAUUUGAAAUUGGAUUUCUUUUUAAUGUGUAGCUGUGUAGCUGUGCAGCUGUGCGGGGUGAUCCUAAGAAUGUAAGAACAGCCUGCUGGAUCAGGCCAGUGAUCCACCCAGUCCACCAUCUUGUUCUCACAGGGGCUACCCAAAUGCUUUUGGGGGAAACCCACAUCCAGGACCCGAGUGCAAGACUCUCUUCCCUCAUGUGGUUUCCAGCAAAUGAUAUUCAGAAGAGUUCUUGCCUCUGACUGUGGAGGCAAAGCAUAGCCAUGUAACCAUCAAUAGCCAUCUCCUCCAUGAAUUUGAUCAGUCCUCUUUUAAAGCUAUCCAGGUUGGUCACCAUCGCUGCCUCCUGUGGCAGCAAGUUCCGCAGUUUAACUACGUGCUGCACAAAGCGCUUUCUUUCCCCUAUCAAACCAAGGAUUGUUAGUCACGAGGGAUGUACAGUGGUACCUCGCAAGACGAAUGCCUCGCAAGACGGAAAACUUGCAAAACGAAAGGGUUUUUGGUUUUUUGAGUUGCUUCGCAAGACGAUUUUCCCUAUGGGCUUGCUUCGCAAGACGGAAACGUCUUGCAAGUUUGUUUCCUUUUUCUUAAAACCGUUAAUACAGUUGCAACUUGACUUCGAGGAGCAACUCAUAGCAUGCGGUGUGGUAGCCUUUUUUGAGGUUUUUGAAGACUUUGGUGAUUUUUGAAGCUUUUCCAAAACUUUUCCGACACUGUGCUUCGCAAGACGAAAAAAACCGCAAGACGAAAAAACUCGCGGAACGAAUUAAUUUCGUCUUGCGAGACACCACUGUAUUCUACAGGGCCAAAGGCAGCAUUGCCUCUGAAAACGUGUGGCUGGGCGACAUCAGCUAGAGAAGACUGUUGCCUUCUUAUGGGCUUCCCAAGAUGCAUCUGUUUGUCUCCUGUGGGGCACAGGACGCUGGAGGACUAGACUGACCUCCGUUCCGAUCCACCAGGGCUCUUCUUCCCAUCCUGUGGUCACGCUGCAGUGUGACCCAAAAGCCCGGAACAUCCUGUGUGCGCCCUCCACCUGCAAUCUUUCAGUCCACAGUUGUUGCUGGUGCUGCAUGAUGCGCUUAAUGAUUUUUCCAGCCAUCGUAGGAUUUGGGGAGGGGGGGGAUCUUGAGAGCAGGCGAGUGUGUGUGUAGCAGGGGGUCCGUCAGCUGCCGUGCCGCUGUUGCAAAACAAAACCUCUGGGGCUUGGAAGUUGGCAGCACUUCAUAGGAGCGUUGCCCUAAGCGCUGCAGCAUAUGGAUGGGCACCGUUCCCUCUCCACCCUCCUCUCUCUUUUCAAGUCUCUCUGAAACAGAGAUAACCCGAAGGUUUUUUCUCGCUGACAUCACCAGCACCGCAUCUCUGUGGGGCUCGUUAAACUCCAGUUAUUUGAGCACAGAGCAGGUGGAGAGGCACAUCGGGUUUUUUCGCUAGGGGAUGGCACAUGUUGCAGGAUGAGAAUCCCCUCCUGUUUCAGGCUUGCUCUGUUGUUGUUGUUUUGUUUUAUAUGCCACCUAUCUGACUGGGUUGCCCCAGCCACUCUGGGCAGCUCCCAACAAAAAAAAAAUAUUAAAACCACAAACACUAAAACCUUCCCUGAACAGGGCGGCCUUCAGAUGUCUUUAAAAAAUCACAUAGAUCUUUAUCUGUUUGACAUCUGCUGGGAGGGCGUUCCACAGGGCGGGUGCCACUACCGAGAAGGCCCUCUGCCUAGUUCCCUGCAAUGUCACUUCUCAGAAUGAGGGAGCCACCAGAAGGCCCUUGGAGGUGGACCUCAGUGUCUGGGGCUGGAGGAUGGGGGUGGAGAGGCUCCUUCAGGUAGACAGGGCCAAGGCUGUUUAGGGCUUUAAAGGUCAACACCAACACUUUGAAUGGAACUCGGAAACGUAUUGGGAGCCAAUGGAGUUACUUUAGGACCGGUGUUAUAUGGUCCCGGCAGCUGCUCACAGUCACCAGACUAGCUCCACGGGGCAUAGUUAUUGCUCUAAGCUCUUGACCUCUGUUAAAAAGCGGAGAAAUGUAUUAGCCACAACAGAGCAGCCAGCUUACCACAACACUCCUCCUUUACAACGUCUGUGCUACUGAUUCUCAGACUUUGGGAUUGUUGACUUGCAUACAACAAAAAGUUAAAUCAAUUUGAGUCGUACUUAGACCCAAAAUUUUUAAGCAAUUUGACCUAAAGGCACUUAUGGGUCACUUAUUAGUUUCAUAGUAGCUUCCCUGGCUUCUCUUUUCCCUCCCAUGUAAAAGAAGUGUUCCUGUUCAGAAUUCAAGUUAGCCAGCCAUGUUUUCCUCUAGAAUGCUUGAAGCUGUAACAAGCUCAACUGAGACUUUCCCUGUGUUGGCUUUUCAUUGUUCUUUUUUGACUUGCACUAGGCAUUUUGUGCGCUGGAGAGCAUUGGCCAUACUUGAGCUUGGUGUUUUUUUUACUUUUGGGUGGGUGGGGGAAGAAUUGCCCCCUCUUAGAUUUGUUUUGUAUGCUUCCUGGAAACCUUGGGGUUAUCUGAGCACACUGAUAACAUCCCUCUUUUGGUUGGCCAUGUUUUGGCUACAGCCCUGUCUGCCCUCAUCUAACUGCGUUCUCAUUUAGAAGGAGUGAUGUUGGAAGUACAAAACCAGAGGUCAUUCCACAGGUGGCUUAGUGGUUAAUUCUGUCCUGGGUGUUAGUCAGCUACCCAAGAGGGGGUGUCGCUUAGCAACCGGUCAGAGCAACCUGAGGUAGCAGGUGGUCUGAUCUGAUCAGCUGUGUAGUUCUUGCAGGAGUUUUUCCUCUAUAUGUUUGGUUUGAAUGUCUCCCUGCUAAAUACAAGGCCCGAAAGAAGACAGCCAAAACCUCUCUGUUCAUUUCUCCUCAAAUUAUACACUGUUUUUUUGUUUAGGUUCCUCAGUAAAGUGCCAUCAGUAUUCCUUUUCUCUCUGGACUCUGUCUGCUUUAUUUAACUCAGUUUGCUAACACAUUUUGGGGGUGGUAUUCCAUAUUAUCUGUGACCUUAUAGGUGGCCCCCAUACUGCUGCUUGUAGUUUCGUUGAUCCGCAUCUCAGCAGUUCUGUGUCCCCAUUGGGCAUACAGCUCCUUUCUGCUACUCUGAAGGAUUAACAGCUAACUGACACCUGCUUCCUGGCAUCUGUGGUUUGCUUUUUGGCUCCCAAACUGGUCCUGCUAGUUAAGCGCUGGAGAGCAGGUGCUAAAAAUGUCAAGGUGCAGCUCUUGUUCCUUGACGAACCCUUUGCCAGAGGGUUGGUGACGUCUGCUUCUCCCUUCCUUUCUUCUUACUGUUGCUGGGGAAAAUCCUGAGAUACUUGGGUAGUUUUACAUAUUUCAGUUUUGUGUUUUUUUUUAAAAGGCUAAUGCGAACAGUCUUUGCUCCUCCUUUUGGUGAGGGGCCAAGGCAAGUGUCUAAAUAAAUGCCUUUAUUAUACAGCUUUUGGAGAUUGCUGAAGGUGCACCUCUGUAUCCUGGUUUCUGGCACUUGAGGUGCAUGUUUUUGGGUCCCAUCUUAUUUUUAUGGUUGCAAGCUUUCUUAAAAAUUGGUUUUAAAAUGGUUUUUGAUAUGGAACCUCAGGUUGAAGGGCAGGCAGUAAAUAAUAAUAAUUAAUAACAAUUAAUAAAUAAAAUAAAAAAAUAGAUUUCGAACAUCAGCAAUUUGGUCGUGGCAGGUGGUAGCAUCUCUGGGCAACAGACUUGUCUGGUGCUGCCUUUGUGUCCAUUUCCCCUACCCCAGAGGUGGGGAAAGAAACACAUUGGAAGGAGCAGCCCAAGGACCACCCCUAGGCUGCCAGUGAUGCGCUUUCAUUGUCUGUUUCAAGGGAUCCGGAAGCUUUUAUAGGGAGUCUGGCCUUGCCACGUGAUCAGCUGCAGCCUAUCGGUGUUAAGAGGUUUCCUCAUUGGCCUGAUUGGCUUCUUUGUUGUUCCCUCUUUUUCAUUUGGCCGUACAGCCCCUCAGCUUCUAGGCUUCAGAUAGAUCUGAGUCCAAGUUUUGCAGCUGAGAACACUAUUUUGUCAUUUCUUGAAACUGGACGCAUUAGGGGGUUCAGAAUGAGUCUUCUGUUUUUCCUCUGCUGCUGUUGGUUUUCCAGUGGCAAGGAGUUCUCUCUACAGCUUUUGUCUUCCACUUUAUUUAUUUAUUUAUUUGUAUUUAUUUAUUUAUUUAUUUAUUUAUUUAUUUUUAUUAUCAUUUGUUUCUCAGCUCAGAACAUUCUGGGUUGUAUCCAAUGACAGUCUUAUUCAAGGUAGACCCACUGAAAUUGAAGAGUAAAACUUAGCUUACAUCUGCACCAGACAUUUAAAGCAGUAUUAUAACUCCUUGAGCAGUCAUGCUUCCCCCAAAGAACCUUGGGAACUAUAGUCUGUUGAGGAUGCUGAUAAUUCUUCGGAAAACCCUAUCCCCCUCCCAGAGCUACAGUUUCCAGAGUUCCCUGGGAAGAGGAAUUGAUCGAUAAAUGAUAAUUUUAGCUCUGUGAGGGGAAUUAAGUUCUCCUAAUAAUGGACAGUAUUGAACCAGAUGGGCCAAUAGUCUCACUCAAUACAAGGUAGCUUGCCAUAUACGCUUUUAAGGGUGAAAUGUCCUAAGUAGGGAGAAAACACCCAAAGCAGCUCCACGAAGUCUUUGUUGCAAAAUACUGAGUGACAGUUAGAGGAAAAAUUGUGAGUAGGGGAUGGAAUAGGGUGCUUAGCUGGCUAGACCCCUGAGCAGCACAGCUCUGCACUGCAACAUUUUAUUGCAGCUCCUACUUAUAAAAACAACGAUAUCAUUCACACUUCGACAGUUUUACAGCUUCGUAACUGACUUGCCUUCUCUUUCUUCUUCUCUGUUCCCUCCUUCUGGAUUCCUCUCCCUGCCACCCCACCCUGACUCUUUUAGUGUGAUCAAUAAAUCCGGCGUGAAUCGGGUCGUGUGGAAGAGGCCUCGCCUGACCCACAAUGGCCCUGUGCGGCGAAGCACAGUGAUUGACCAGAUUCCGUUCCUGGCGGUGGCUCGGGCUCUAGGUAAGCAAGCGAUUGGCCAGGCCAAGGAGAUGAUGGGGGCGGAGGAGAUCUAACUUGACUGCCAAUGCUAUGGAUAUCCUUUGGGGCAAUGGGGUGCAGCUUGCAGCUUCCAGUCCAAUGCAGGCACUUUUUCCCCAUAGGAGAGAAAGGAAACUAUUCACUUAACAUGCAGUGGAGGAAUAAAAUUGGCCUCCCAGAUUUCCAGGACUGGAAACCACAGUUUCAUUUCAGGUUCAUUUAUAUCCCACCUACCUUCCAAGGAGUUCAAGCUGGCAUAUAUCGUUCUCUGCAUUUUAUCCUCUCAGCAACCCUUCAAGGUAGGUUAGGCUGAGGGUGAGCGAUUGGCCCAAGGUCACUUCUGAGCGGGGAUUUGAACUCUGGUCUCCCAGGCCCUUCUCUUAACACUACAAUCAUUAAACCACAGUGGCUUUUGUGGUUGUAAGUGGAUUUUGUAUCCUGGUUCUGAGAGGGCCAGCAUUCAUCGUAACUUUGCUAGUGCAGGCCUCAUGAGAGACGGUGGAUUGUGCUAGUCUGUGAAUGGAUUGCCUUCGUAUAUUUUUGCCUCUGGUGUGGGAGCUCCUAUGGCACAGGGGCACUUUCUUCGCUGCCUUGUGUAUCUCGGUGGCUUCCAGACUUCUCUCGGGAUGCAAAAAUCGCUCCUUUUCAAUGGCUUCUUUCGGGUAAGAGCAAGUAUAAAAAUAACUGCAUUUCAUUUAGUAAUGCAAAGGUAUAGUGCUCUGUGAGCCGCCAUUUUAGGAUUAAUAAUGGGCAUUGUUAGCACUGCUGAAGUAUAAAUCAAAUGUGAAAUCAGAUCCCACUUUGUGGGUCAGAGGUGGGUUUUGGGUCUGGACCAGCUGAAAACCACCACUUUAGAGGCUCUAAGCACUGAAAAUAUUGUCCCCCAAUAUGUAAUACAACAAAAACCAUACUAAACCAUAAAAUAAAAAAGUAAUUAUUAGAAAACCCCCAUAGAUUGAUUGUAAUACAUAAUAGGAUCUGAUUUCCUCGCAUUAUUUUGAACUAUGUUCAAAAUAUGUUCAUUAUUUUGAACUAUGUAUCCCUGGUUUUAUGUGGGGUUAAGAGAACAAAAAAAGUAGGGCAAGUGUGUGUAGAGGAAUGUAAUGAAGUCUAUCAAAGUCCUGAUGGACUGCUUGGAUGCUUUAAAAAAAAUAAAUCUCAAAUGCCAAAUCAUUUUAUUUUUAAAAAUCUCAUUUUUCUUUUGGGUGCCCCUGCCUUUCUGGUGCCCUAAGCAUGUGCUUAAUCUGCCUCUUGGGUAAUCUAGCACAGCCGCAUGUGGGGGGGGGGCUCCAGCUGCUCAUUCCCUGCCCCCCUUGCAGCCAAGCUUGUUGGCUCAGGUGGCAAACAGGCUCUUGCAGCUUUAGGAAAAUGCUGCAUGCUCCAUUUGAGGGUGGAAAGCUGCCCUGUGUGUCUCUAUCCACUAUCCUCAAAACUGUUAGGUUGUCAAUAAUGCUCCAGGCUCUUGGCUGGCGCCCAGUGCUGGCUGCCCUCGUAGAUGCACCUACCUCAGUAGCUCCUGGAGCAAGGAAGCGUGCUCUGACCUCAAAUAACUCCUCUGAUCCAGACACAGUCUCACUUUUCCAAUAGUUGGCUCAUUCUGCCAAGUUCCUCCUCCAAUCACUUUGACUGCUGUGAAGGCACACGAUAGGAUUUACAGUAUUUCAAAGUUAAGGCUUGUGCCCCAGGGAGGUUGCUCCAGUGCUGCUAAUGUCACAGUUUGGCUUCACCCCCGGAGGCACACUCCAUUGCCUCUCGAGACAGACGGAUGCCGACAACAGCCAACGAAACAAAAAAAGCUCACGAUAAACCAAAAGCAAUUUGUUGCAUGGAUCGUGGUAUUUACUGUUCCAGUACAUCAAGGAAAACACACCCUUUCCCGUAUAAACUCGUUAGGUUUGUUUACUUGUAUCCUUCUGUAAUAAGAUUCCCCACACCCCCAGCCCUGCCAGGAGAUGACAGGGAUUCACCCUGGGACCUUCUGCAUGCAAAGCAGGUGCUCCACCCACUGAGCCACACAGCCCUUCCCCCUUCCCGCUCCAUCUCCAUUUCUGUACACCACAGAGACAUGCCUUGGCAACCCAGCAGUAAAUGUUCACAGGGGCGCUUCCAGUUACACCAUUGGGGAUGAUGUUUUGAUUCCAUAUACCAGCCUCACAAAGUGGUUGCUAGCCUGUUUUGUCCACAGAGCAACCCUGUGAGGUAGAUUAGGCUGAGCGGAUGAAGGCCACCCAGUGAGCUUCAGGGUUGAGUGGGGAUUUGAAGCCGACUGUCUCUUCUAAUCUGGCACGGCACCUGCUAUCCUACAUACACCGUUACAAAAGGGGUGGGGAAACUCAGGCCUAGGGGCCGGAUAUGGUCCUUCAGGUGCCUCUGUCUGGCCCUCAGGACUUUCCCCGGGCUGCAUUCCCUCCCCAGCCCGUCCCUUCACCCUCCUUGGGUGCUUUUCCUGGCAGAAAUGUGUCUUUGGCAUGCAUUAAUGCCUCUCAUUUCCCUGAUGGAGAGAUUGGUGGCGGCGGCGGGUGACUUUUGCAUGGCAAGCGAUGGAAACCUCUGACGUUUGCAUAACUGGAAUGUAGCUUGCUGUGGUAAGAGCCAUAUCUUUAUCACGAAAUUGAGAUACAGUUUGCUGGAAGAGAUUUCAAAGAAAUGGAAUAAAUUAAAUAAAUAUCUGUUGCUGCAGACUUUUUUUUUUUUUGCCUCCCGGCCAGACCAGCAAUAGUAUGCGGCCCCUGCAAUGUAUCCCCACAAGAGAAUGUGGCCCUCGGCCUGGAUGCUGGAUUGCCAUACUCUCCUUGGGCUGCUGCUGUUGUGCAAAUGCGAGGCCUAGUCGGUGCUGUGAAUUUUCAAAGUGGAGGAGGAGAAGCCUCGGGAUACGCUUGAUUUCCCAUCCCCGCCGCCCUCCGCCCUUCCCUCACAAUAGGUUUUGUAGAUUAUCUUCCUCUUGGGGUUCUCAGAGUAAUAUGGCAGGCUUGUGUUCUUGCCCACAGGAGAUCAUUUUAUUGAAGGACUGUGAGUGUUUGUGUGCAUGGAGAAGCUUGAAAGGCAAGGCGAGGCCUCGACUCCGCAUGGCCUAGGAACUUCAGAAGUGCGCUCAGCAAAUUAAAAAAAAAAGCCCCUCCCCCUUUUUGUGUGCCAGUUGUAAGGAAAUGAAAGCCAGAUGGACCUUAGCAGAUGGUUAAUGUUUUAAUUACACACUUCGUCGAGUUAGGUUAACCCCUUCUAUCCCCUCUGCUUUGCUGUCACAGUUGGGGGAUCCACCACACCAGCCCUGUGGAUUCUGGUUGCAGCUUCUGGUUCCCAGUCUCUCUCUGGGAAUUUCACUGAUAUCUUUGCUUCUUGAGAAACCAGCCUUUACUGUGUGUGUAUUCGCCCCAUCGGGGAACGUGACAGAGGUGUUUAAGAUUACGAAUUGGGUGGAGAAAGUCCCUGGGGAGCAGAGGUUUGUGUCAUGGGGCCAUCCAGUGAAGGCUGGGCGACUCAGGCAGCCAAGUCCUUCUUCACAUAGUUACACUAUGGAACUCACUUCCACAAGAGGCAGUGGUGGCUCCCGGCUUGGAUGACUCUAAAAAGGAAUUGGGCAAAUACACAGAGAAUAAGGCUUUUAGCCACAAUGGCAGUGUUCUACUGUCGGACGCAAUGUGCUUCUGAAUAGCAGUUUUGAAUACCAAUACCAGCUUCUGGGAAUAGCAAGUGGGAUGCUGUUGUGCUCAGUCCUGCUUGCAGCCUUCCCUUUAGGGCAUCUGUUUGGCACUGAGAGAGCAGGAUGUAGAUUUAGAUGGGCUUUUGGCCUGACCCAUCUGGGAUCCAUCUUAGAUUUAGCGAGGCCUUGACCACAACUGCCUGCCUGACAUCCACCUUAGCGAGACCCUACUACAACCAGGCUUCAUGAGCAAACGGGAUUUUCUGUCUUCCCGCUAUCCAUAUUGAUCGCCCUCCCCACUUCCCACUACCCCUGGCGCAAACCUGCAAUUUCUUUCCCUCUCACUGGAAGCAAAUGUGCUGCAAAGUGUACACAAUAACGUAAUCGAAAACAGGAUGAGUGGCGGCUGUUUCCCCGUGCGGGGAUUGGGCCUGCGCUGCUGAAUUUACAUUGCUGGCUCUCGGGCACAUGUGGAUCUGUUUACCUUGCCGGAAAUAUUUCUCUUCUCUCUCUCUCCCUGCAACCCCGCUGUUCCAGCCUCUGCACCCCCAAGCAGGGGCCUCUUGGGUUGGGUGUGUGUAACUUCUGCACCUGAAUAGAUUUCUUCCUCUCUUUCCUGGCCUUUUACAACAAGAAAGAAGAGCCGCCCAGCCUGCUGGAUCUGCUUCUCCUGAGCUGCGGCAUUCAGCACUGGCUUCCCAUCGCUUAGGGACAUUGGAAGCUGCCCUAUGUUGAGUCACUUAGUUCAGGGUUGUCUACACUGACUAAUGCUGUCCCUCCAGGGGUUUCAGGCAGGGUGCUUUCCCAGCCUUACCUGGGGGUGCUGGGGAUUGAAUCUGAGACCCCCUGUCUGCAAAUAUAUAUUUGCCAAAAUACAUUCUUCUCCAAAGAAUAAAGAUUCCAGUGGCUCAUGGCUCUGAAUUAAGAUCUGAUUGCAAACAUCCUCUGAACCUCUGGAAACCCUUGGAAAACUCAGCAGCACUCCUGGGAUUGUAUUUGCAAAGGCUCAAGAGAUUGCUAGACACUUGUUUUUGCACCAUUUUUGCACUUUUGGGGGGCUGUUAUUGCCGCUUUAAGUGCCACUUCCGGGUUUGCAGCAAUGCGUGUAUGCAUGUGGUUGUGCUUGACUCGAACGUGCAUCAGUGGAAAGUUGCCUGCACUAUGAAAAGCCUUUAAAAGACUGUGGCAGUGGUAGAGUAUCUGUCAUAUGCACAGAAAGUCCCAGGUUCGAUCCCCCGCAUCUCCAGGUAGAGCUGGGAGUUAACCCACAAGAGCUGCUGCCAGUCAGUGCAGACAGUACUGAGCUAGAUGGACCAAUGGUUUGACACAGUAUAAGGCAGCUUUCAGGGUCUAUUUAAAUCAGUCCUUCAUUGAGUCAUGAGGACUGGGAUCUUGUUUCAUUUUUUGAAGAAGUGCUGUAGCUCAGCAGUAGCUCAGCAUUCCAUUUAUGUAUUAAGGUGUUAGAAUAGAAAGAACUUCCUCCCCGCCCCCCCAGUCUUUUUGCCUUAGUGAGACUCAAGCGUUUCCAAACCUCCCACUGAAGGCAAUUAAUCCGACAGUCUCUUGGCUGCCUCCCAGCCAUUUUUCCAGAUGAGCUCCUUUGCCAGUAAAUGGCAGGUGGAGGCUUAAUUGCAGGUGGAUAUGCUUAUGAGUCUUCCAGUCGUGCCCCAAAAAACCACUCCUCGACUGGAUUGUGUAAACCUGUUAUAUAUUGCUGCCUCUAAUAGCGAAGUCGGGUGGCAGAGUGCCAACGGCUGUGCAGCGCUGCUGAAAAAAUCAAGAGGGAAGUUCUGAGCAUGCUUGAAGGAAAUCCUGCAUUUUGCAGAUGCGCAGAAAAAAUAAAUAAUAAUUAAAACUAAGAGGGCAACUUCCACCUCCCCUCCCUCAAAAAACAGCCCAAUGAGGACUGAGCAUGCUCAAUAGCCACUGAGUGACGAGUAACCAAUUUAACAUGUCAGGACUAGCUGCCUCAUUGGCACUACCUCUCUGCGUGGAAACGUUGGUGUAAAGGUUUAGCCCUGCCCAGACUUGCAACGUGGGGCGUCCUUAGAGGAUGUCCCCCCAGAUCUCUGCACAGUCUGUAGCCCUGAGGAGUCUUUGAUCCAGAUAUACCCCCUUUAGGAUUUAUUUCACACACCCCAGAAGCAGAAGAGACAGAGAGCUCAUAUGGUUAGAGUGUUGGACAGCAACCUGGGAGACCAGGGUUUAAAUCCCUGCUUAGCCAUGAAGCUCACUGGGUGACCUUGGGCCAGUCACUGCCUCUCAGCUUUGCCUGCCUCACAGGGUUGUUGUGGGGAUUAGAUGAGUGGAGAGAACCAUUUAUGCCACCUUGAGCUCCUUGGACAAAAGGGAAGGGUGGAGGACAUAAAUGCAAUAAAUAAAUAAGAGGCAGAAAACCAUACUGGAGCUUAGGAGCUGCUGGCAAAGUGUCUGCCUAGGUCCACGUGUGAAUACUCAGGAGGAGCAGGAGCCACACAAAAGCCCAAGCCCGGAUCAGGGCCUCACUGAGAGCCAGGAGCAGGUGGGGGGAAUCAGUAGCCCUUUGGAUGUUGUCAGGCUUGGGUUCUGCUUGUGGACUCCUGAUAGACUUCUAGCUGGCUGCUGAGCUCGACGAGCCUUUGGUCACAUUCACACCAUGCAUUUAAAGCAUUAUGAUACCACUUGAAACAAGCAUGGCUUCCCCCAAAGGAUUCUGGGAACUGUUGUUUGUUAGGGGUGCUGGGAGUUCUCCUCUCAGAAUUCUCUGAUUCUCAGAAUGGUUUCUGUCAAUCUCUCUUCACAGGGAACUCUGGGAAUUGUUGCUUUGUGAGGCAAACGGGGGUGUCUCCUAACAACUCUCAGCACCAGUUCCCAGAAUCCUUUGGGGGGAAGCCAUGCCUGUUCCGAGUGGUAUCAUAAUGCUUUAAAUGUAUGAUGUAACUAUGACCUUCGUCUGAUCCAGCAGGGCUUUUUCUUCUAUUUUUAUAAAGAAUUAGCUGUCUGAGGCUAUGAGGCACGAUGGCUAUCCUCUACCUGUGCUGUCAGUUGCUGGGAAUCCCAAGUGAGAAAAGUGCUGUUUGUAGGCCUCCCAUUCAGGCAUCUGGGAGGCCACUGUGAGGACACGAUGCUGACUAGAUGGGCCAUUGGCCUGAUCCAGUAGUCUCUUUUUAUAUUCUUAGGCCGUAACAGGGCCUGAUUCCAUGCAGUUCAUCUUCAUCCCCCCACCAUUUUAAUAUAAGCUGAUUCAACCUCUUUGUGCUAACUGGUGGGCGGAGGAGAUAGCCUCCCCUACGAUCAGGGAUGCUGUGUGUGUGUGUGUUUUCCCCUAAUUAGCCUUGUUAAUGGGAGAACAAGUUCUUCCCUUUCCCUCUUAUCUCUGCUUUAGCAGAGGCAGAAAUUAGCUCUCGAACGAGGACCGGUUCAGGUUGUGCUUGGCUGUAGUAAAUAGGAGUAAUUGAUUCGAAUGGCUCCUUGUUGAGCGUCUGAAAACGCUGUCAGCUGGAUGGCGCGCGGCGCUAAUGGCGAAAUGAGCAUUGUACUUCAGGAAACAAAAGAGCUUGGGUUCCUUAUUUCCUAAAGCGGCUUGCCGCUUUCUGAAGUGCCUGUGUGGGCGGAAAAAGAAGCCUUGCGAGGAGCGGAGCUCACAAAAAAAUGGCUGCCUUUACUGGGGCCUCAGCACUUUAGGGUUUUGAGCUUUCUGAUGACAAAAAACACACACUAAAAAAUACAAAAUGCUGUUAUUCAGUUGCUAGCGGUUGUAGCUGUUGUAGCUGUGCUAUCCAGAGCAGAUCCUUUGAGAUUAAAGGACUGACAAACUCAGGUCCAUGAAGUCCAGUGGGUCUACUCUUGAGUAGAACUGUUUUUGGCUUACGGCCCUAGGUCCUUUUCUUGUCAAGUGGUAACAGUUUGUUUUUCAGGCGUACCUGUACUGUAACACACCGAAAUAUGUUACAGCCCUCAUUAAGGGGCUGUGUAACAUGAGGAAAAAUCGAGUCAGAAAAUCUUUUCCUUCAGGCUGCUUAUGCGAAGGGAUGCUUGCCUGUUUAAGAUCCACUGUGCUGCAGUGGCUAGAGUGUCACACUGGGACCUGGGAGACCUGUGUUCGAAUCACCACUCUGCUAUGAAGCUCACUGGGUGAACUUGGGCCCAUCACCGCCUCUCAGUAGAACCUACCUCACAGGCAGUAGGAGAAGCCAAUAUAAGUUGCAAUUCCAGCUGAAUUUGGGGAAACCGCUUGAGCGAUUUCAAUUGCUUUUGUGCUGCUCAUUGCAAACAGCUGAAAUGAUAACAAACCUGAUUUGCAAUGGGGGUUGAAUAAUUUUGAUUGCAACUGUAUAUAUUGACUUGGGGUGUUUUUUAUACAGGAUGCAAGCCGUGUAAAAAUAUAUUCAGUACAAAACAAACUGAAAGUAACAGUCUGUAACAACCAGGCAUGACGUGGCAGCUACUGUAAAGAGCCUCAUAAACUUACAGAGCAAUACAUCUCUCCUUUUCCCUUUCUCCUAUCACAGGAACACCUCCAUUCCAAAAUAGGACAAUAAGUCAGUCAACCUUUAUUACAACAAUCCCAGAUAAAACCACUAAAUUGCAACCAAACAAAUGCAGUUUUACAGUUAUGGGCCAAGCAAAGGACUGAUCGAAAUUAACAGCAAAGGGCUAGGAUGUGUAUAGAGCACUGAAAUCCAGUAGGAUCUCAAUCCCAGAUGAGAUAGAUAGGUUAAACCGAAAGGUGAGUUCCAUUUUCAGAAGAAGUAAUGGUGAAUGUCAAGUUCCAUAGCUGAAAACCAGCACUGUGUGUGUCCAGUUGUGCUGUCUUAUAUUUGACUACAUAAUAAAAUCAAGCCAUUCCCCAAUGAAGUCAUUGCUUUUUUGUUUGUACCCUCAACACUCUUAACUCUUGGGUUACAUUGGAAAUUGCCUUACACAAGUCAGACCACUGGUCCAUCUAGCUCAGUUUUGUCUACACUGACUGGCAGUGUCUCUCUAGGGUUUCAGGCAGGGUUUCUUGCUUGGCUGCCUGACCUAGUGCUUGCUGCCUCUGCCAAGAGCUGUAACCAUUUGCUUCUGACUGGUAACAGGAUCUUGUUCAAACUGGUGCUGAUGGAUGCAUAACCUUAAUAUAACCUUAAAACCAGAAAUUGUAAGUAAGGGGAUGUUCUAUGGAUAUAUACUGCAUUGCCAUACCUUGAGAUGCUGUGGAUUGAACCGGGUAUACGGAUGUACAGCUCUCCCCUAGUAUAGUCCCCCUGGCUAGUAGCUAAUGAGAGCCUAAUCCUCCAUAGUCCAAUAGUAGCUUGCUGUGACAGCCCUGUAGGGAGAAAGCUAGUAUGACCUCUUUUCUAAAGUCCUGGCAGUUUUGUUUUCUAAGCACAGGGAGUUUGAUUUUCAGAUUCCAUCCUGAACUGUUGCAUUUGAUAGCAGAGGCUCUCUACCCCGCCCACCCCAGUUAAAUGAAUUAAAACUUAUAAAACUAUUUUUUGUGUUUUAUCUCUUGUACCCUUCCCAAUCCAGGUGAUCUGUGGAGCUACGACUUCUACAGCGGCGAGUUUGUUGUAUCUCCCGAACCGGACACAAGUGUGCACACAUUAGAUCCUCAAAAGCACAAAUAUAUCAUCCUGGGUAGUGAUGGGCUGUGGAACAUGAUCCCACCGCAGGAAGCCAUUUCUAUGUGCCAGGACCAUGAAGAGAAAAAGUAUUUUACGGUAAGCAUGAGCUUAAUCUGAAACCAUACCAAUAGCCACCAAUUUCCCCACCUCCAGCCAAAACCAUGAUAGAAAAAUAAAUGUGGAGUACCUGUGGCUGGGUAGUGAAUUGAGAAUAUUCUCUCUCAGUCUCUCAUGAACAGGUUUCUUUAACUUAUCACUGUGAGGGAAAAAGAGGACAGGAACCUUCUAGGAUUGGGUGGGAAACCUGUGUAGCAAAGUCUUUUCUCUCUGGUUAUUUUUUUGUAUAUUUUGAGCUAUAUGUGUUUUGCGUAAGCUACCUUGAGUCUCGGUCUGGUGGAAAAGGAGGGAUGUAAAUGAAUAUGUUAUCAGAUCUCAGGAAGCCAUCGUGCAGAAUUUGAUCACAUCAUCUAUCUAAAGGCCGUCUGAAGGCAUAGCUGAUAAAUGAAACUUCCUCAAAUACAUGUCGUAGUUAUGGGAUGGUGACUUUCCUCUUCUCUCCUUCCGCAUCUCCUUGCCCACCUUUGGAACCGAAAGGGAGGGCGCCAGCAGUCUCUGGCCAAAAUGCUGGUGAACCGCGCACUGGGACGUUGGAGGCAGCGCAUGCUGCGGGCGGACAACACCAGUGCCAUCGUCAUCAGCCUCUCUUCGGUGCGCAGCGACCAGAGCAGUUUGGAAGGGGAGGAGGAGCUCUAUUUCAACCUGGCUGAAGGCCCGUCCUACAGCAGCCCUGAGAUGUGGGCAAUGACUCCUUCACGCUGCUCCACUCCUCCAGUCAAGGUAAGAAAAGAGGGGUGGAAUCCAGAGUCAUGAUGUCGAGAGGUCAUGGCAGGGGACUCACCCAUGCAGCUGCAAAUAAAACGUUUUAAGUGCAAUAUACAAUGUGGCACUAGAUGACGAUGGCGGGCCUUAUGGAAAAUUCAGUGUAUUUUUAAAAACACUUUAAAGAAAAACAUUUUUGGAACUGUUUUUAUACGUGUGUAGAUUCCACCAGGGUAGAACUUAUCACCUGUGGCGCCAGGCAAAAACUUUCCUCUCUAACCAGGCCUUUGGUUCGUAGUUGUGCCUGCCCUGUGGAACGCCCUCCCAUCAGUUGUCAAUGAAAUAAACAUCUGGCUGACUUUUAGAAGACACCUGAAGGCAGCUUUGUACGGGGAGGUUUUUAAUGUUCUGAGUUUUUAAAAAUGUGUUUUAAUACUUUUUUGGAAGCUGCCCAGAGUGGCUGGGGUAAUAAUAAUAAUCAGUGGCGUUACAGAAGCAAGUGGAAUGGCUUUUUUAUGCUUUCUCAGUCCUCCUGGUUUUAAUGCAACUUUGUGGGGUUUAUUGUCUGAUUGUUUGGUUGUAAUUUGUUUUGGGUUGCCUCUGGGCCAGAGAAAGCAACUUACACCUUUACUAAAUAAAAUAAAUAAUACGCCUUCAGAUAUUGAUGGACUACAAGUCCCAUCAUCCCUGGCCCUUGGCGAUGUUGGUCUGGUCACAUACCUUUCCACUUAGCCACUUGAUUUGUCAUGAUUCAAAUAGAAGAUCCUUGGAGUGCAGUAUAUGUUUCCGUGGCUGCCCACCCCUUGUUGGAGUUUUGGCUGCAGCUGUUCUCUCUGUCGCCACUGCCUUCUGGAAGCCCUUUGUACAGCAGUCCUUGUCUUGUCAGAGGGGAGGGGAGUCAUGCUCAGCUGGGGUGUUUUGAAGGAACCGACAAUUACCGCCACUGGGCUCAGAAUAGCUCUGGCUGCUUUGAUGUUCCCCUGAGUCUUUGAAUAGCUCUCCUUUGGCAAAGCAAAAUGGAAAAAACCCACAAAAGUUUGGAUGAGCUACUCAGGGGUCUCUAUACAGGCGCAGCUAGUAAAAAAAGGUGGGAUUUCUUUUUUUCUUUCUUCUGCUUGCCUUUCUUUCUUUCUUUCACUUUUUCUUUCUUCCUCUCUCCUCCCUCCAUCCUGUUCUUUCACUUUCUCUCUCUGACUCCCUCUUUUCCUAUUUUCUCCAUUCUCCCCCUCCUUCCCUUACCUCCCGCAUUCUGUUAUUUCAUUUUUUCAUUUUCUUUAUCCUACUCGCCUCUUUUGCACGCACUCUCUCGCUCUCCUCUUCCAGAAAAUCAAGGCAGUCUACGAUAUACAAAAUUAAACCAGCAGUGAUAAAACACCAGUAGAAGUGUCAGUAGAAGCAGCCAUAAAAUCUGGUUUGGGAAAAGAGUUACAUAUUUCAAAGGCCUGUCUGAACAAAGCAGCUUUCAAAAGAAGUCUGAAAGCAGGCAGGGACCAUUCCUGCCGAGUUCUACUGGCAGGGAGUUCCACGGGGCAGGACCUGCCACAUUAAAGGCUCAGUCCCCUAGUAAAGUCUGACUGAACCUCAGGGCUUAAUUCCCCCCUCUAUCUCUCUACCUUCUUCAUGCCGGAACUAGAUGGGCCAUUGGCCUGAUCCAGGAGACACUUCUGAUGUUCCUCUUCUUAAGGAGUGAAACAGGGCUUAUAGGAGGAGUCCAUCUGGCAAAUCCCAGCAGGGAGCCCAGGGCCUGCCUUCCUCCCCUCCUUCCCUUUUAAUAAUGAAAACAUUCAGUCUAUAUUAUUAUUUGAAGAAGUCAAAAUGCUCAUCGUUCCAUCACACUCUGUUGUGAUCAAGGCACAAAGUUUAGCAUGUGGUUAUGCAAAGGUGCGGGACGCGGGUGGCGCUGUGGGUUAAACCACAGAGCCUAGGACUUGCCGAUCAGAAGGUCAGUGGUUCGAAUCCCCGUGACGGGGUGAGCUCCUGUUGCUUGGUCCCUGCUCCUGCCAACCUAGCAGUUCGAAAGCACGUCCGGCGGGAAGGUAAACGGCAUUUCCGUUCGCUGCUCUGGUUCGCCAGAAGCGGCUUAGUCAUGCUGGCCACAUGACCCGGAAGCUGUAUGCCAGCUACCUCGGCCAAUAAAGAGAGAUGAGCGCCGCAACCCCAGAGUCGGUCAUGACUGGACCUAAUAGUCAGGGGUCCCUUUACCUUUAUGCAAAGGUGCAGGCAGAAUUAUGGCAGGGAGGUGGCAGCCCUGAUUCUCACCAGCAAGGGACCACAGGGCAGCUUUAGGCUCUGCCCCUACGAUGUCCCAGCAUGCAGCCCUUCAUUUUCUCUGGCAAGAGGUAACUGGGGUAGUAUCUAGGUUGGCACUGGCUCAGGGAAUCUUUUGACAGUCCCCCCCUCCAAUAGCGCUUGUGGGGUCCACAGCUCACACCUUCCACCUUAAAAAAAACACAACUUCUCAUAUGGUGUCCUGAGCAGUGCUGGUGCCAGGAUCUUUAAAUUUCCCAUAAUGCCCCGGAGUGGUGCCUUGGUUGGACCACUGUGGGAAAUUUAGAACAGUGGCUGGACUCAGCUGCCUGGCAAUGCUGGGAGUGAUGCUGCUGCCACCGUCAGGCCAUCCAAGAAGGUCCACCAGAGGGCACUUUGCCAAGGCACAGGGCCGUGGCUCACUUGCAGAGCAUCUGCUUUGCAUGCAGAAGGUCCCAGGUUCAAUCCCCGGCAUCUUCAGGUAAGGCUGGGAGAGAAACCCUGGAAGGACAGCACUUAAUUGAAUACAAUCCCAAAGAAGUAACUAAAGAAACAAGCAAAAUAAAAAAAAGUUAGAAUUUUUCUCCAAAAAGCCCAGGAUUGUGGAGGACUUGGUUUACAAACAAACCCCAAAUGGUGGCGCUUGGGGCUGAGGAAUACCUAAUUUAAAUACGUACCAGAAAAGGCAUGUGACUUUUUACCUUAAUGCAAGACAAAAAAUAUCCAGUGGGUGCAAUUAGGGACAUGUAAUGCUGGAGGCAUGCCUGUUACAGUAUGGUAUAGCCUCAUUUAUUAAAAUUAGAGGCAAUUACAGAUUCACAUGAGAAAUGCUCUAAGGGUAUGUAUGUGGUGGGAGGGACAUUUGUCUUGCCUUAAUACCCUUGAUGUAUCACCCAGCCUUUUAUAAUGUGCACAGGACAGGUGAGAUGGAGGUCUCACAGGAAUUUAGGUAUUGGCAAGCUAGAUGUUUGGGUGGCUUGGCAGGCUCUGUUUAUUUGGAGAUGAAAGGAGCUCUGUGUAUGCUCAGAGGUGCAGUGCAAGGGCUCAGAAGGAAUUUCCUUUUCGUUGAGUGGGGCUUACAUCUGAGCCAGUGUGUUUUGGAUUGUAGCCACAGGGGUGAAAGGAAUCUUGUGUAUGCAGGGUAUGUGGGUGAGUUACCCCAGUGAGUGGUUAGUGUGUUGGACAAGGACCCGGGAGCCCAGGGUUCAAAUGCCACUCAGCCUUUAAGCUCACUGGGAUCACAUCCACACUGUACAGUUAAAGCACAUGGCUUCUUCCAAAGAAGCCUGGGAGCUGUAGUCCAUUAAGGGUCCUGGGAGUUAGCUCUGUGAGGGGUAAACUACUAUUCGCAGGGAUCUUGGGGUGGAGAGUCAUGUGCUUAAAUGUACUUUAAAUAUACUGUGUGUAAACGGCAGGCCCCUUACAGAACUAGAAUGUCAAGAUGUACAGCAAGAUCUCCCACUUCCCUGGCUAUUCCGGAGGUGACUUUUUGAGGAGGGCCUGUUUUAAAUUUUCAACAAUAUAUUUCAUUGUAAAAUUUUAGAACUCAGCUUGUUGGGGGAAAAUAGAAUAAUUUGAACUGCAAAUUACCUCCUUGUAUAUAAUUGGCCAUAGAUAACUUGAAAGAUAUUAACAGUAAUUGAAUGAACAAAAAUUCUAAUUAGGCAGAUGGCAGCCAGACUGACUUAUAAAAGGACAAGGGGCAAGGCAUUUCAGCCAUUUAAGUCUACCACAGUGCCUUGGAACAAAACUAUGGUUCAGCCCUAUGUUGUUAGCCUUUACACAAACCCUUUUUCUAAAGAAGGCUGGGUAUGGUCUGGGUAUCAGUGAGAGCGGACUCCAAAUCCCUGGACAAUUUCUCCCAGCUGGUUUGUGUGAAUGGCUGAUUUGGGUGGUCACCUGAUGUCCAGGAAGAUUCUGGUCUCUGAUGUUAGCAGCCCCAUUCAAACCACCUGUCCACCUCUGAGCAGCUGCCCUGCUUCAGCUGGUUAUGUUAGACCAGUGGUUCCCCAACUUUUUUUGGCCAUGCACCAUGACAUAUAAUUCUUAUUAUUCAAAAAGUGAACUCCUAUUCACGUGGAGGAAGCCUAAAAGGCCAUUCACUGUUAAUAACUCAUUCCUGAAUUGCUCCCCUGUAAGGCGUGUGCCCCAUGUUGGGAACUACGACAUUAGACUAUAUUUGAGCAUUCAGUACCUGGGAGGUUUGUAUUUUACCUUCUGCUUACAUUUAACCUUGCUGCUUCUCACUGGGAUAAUGGCAAGGUGUCGAGCUGGGGUUCCAGAGCUUGAAAAGCUGAAUUUUCCAAGCUUGUAGUUUAUUUUAUUGGACCUGAGACUUGUCUUCAGAGAUGGCAGCAGAAUGAGGAAAAUAACACCUCAGAGAAAAACAGGAUGAGAAACAAGGGAGCAAGCUCAGGUGCUUAUUGAAUAAAAGUUUCAGCCAGGGACGAUGGGAGUUGUAUUUCAGCAACAUCUGGAGGGCCAACACCUGAAAUAAGAGUACAACAAUAAUAUUCACUAAAAAUUCCUUUUAAAAAGUCUGUCUUAAGUAAAACUGAAGUGCAUGAAAAAGAAUUAAGAGGAGAAAUUCCAACUUAGUAACACUAGUAAAAAGUCUUCUAUCCAUAUGUGUAAAGUUUAUUUUAAGAGUCAAUAGUCCAGCAAAACCUUGGGUAAACAUACAUAUUUUUCAAGAGGCAUUUAAAGCUCUCCACCUCUCGGAUUAUCUGACCACCACAAACUUCUCUGGGAUUUGUCUAAACAGAUACUGGGAAAUAUCUGUGUCUUUGGAUUCACUACUACAUAAUUUUACUCUCUUGAACCCCACCAGGUUUUAGAAGAUGACUUGUGGCCACGGCUCAGCUCCCCCGAGACCAUCCCUUCGCUGACGCGCAACACGGCAUUGAGUAAACCUUCAGAGCCACCGGGGGAGGCCGCCAAAGGCAGCGCCCCAACGUUAGCAGUGGUGUCAAACAAGGAUGCAGUGCCACAGGAGGAGAAGUGCGGCCGACUGUUUGGGUUGAGGAUGCGCGACUCGGAAGGACGGAGCCUGCCAGGGACCCUCUCUCCCUCCAACUCUGGGAAUGCAGGCAUGGAUCCAAAAGCCUUCAAGGUACCUCCAAGCGAGCCAACCAAAGCAGCGACAGUGAGCUGCAAAAGGACAUUGGAAGAAUCCAAUUCGGGGCCUUUGCUAAAGAAGCCCAGGAGGGGGAUGACUAGGAACGUCAGCGUCCAGCCUGAAAUCUUGUCCUCCACGACGACCCAACACAAAACCACCAGUAAGCUGGCCAUGCGCCGUAGCCUUCGAAGACAGAAGAAGCUGGGGAACCCAUUGUUCCACCAGCCCAGGAAAGCACUUUGUGUUUGCUGAAAGGGUUUCAGCCAUUAAUGCAGUUUACCUGCAUAGGGAAGCUUUUUAAUGUGUAAUGAUUUAUUAUGCUUUCAUAUAUGUUGUAAGCCUCCCAGGGUGACUGAGGCAACCCAGUCAGAUGGGUGGGGUACAAAUAAAAAAACCCUAUUAUUGUUAUUAUUAUUAUUAUUAUACCUUGCGGUCCAGUUCAAAGUUAAUGAAGUUUCGGUACAAAUAAGUUGAAACUGCAUAUUUUUAUUUUAUCUUUUUCUCAUUUGGUUUUUUAUUUUUUUUAAUGCAGAAGACCUUAUUUGGGGCGGGUUGGUAUUCGAACAGCUUUAUCUCAAACUUGUACUUGCUUGUAAUAUAACUGUGAAUUUUGUAGACGUUCUUAGGGUUAUAAGGAGUUUGCUGUAAAAAUGUGUGUAAAUUUAUAUUCCUUCAUACCAAAAUGUAGUCUCCCCACCUAACUUUCUUUUGCAUAAUUGUUACAACAGGGCUUAGCAAAACCCACAAAAACACAAGACCUUGAUUUUGGAUGAUGAAUUUUUUUGGGGGGUGGGGUUAAUUUAGUACAAAGUAAUGAAUUUGUAUAAACUUCUUGUGACGACCUCACAACUUUUUAAUGAAAGUAAAUUAUUAAAAAGAAUGGAAAAUAUGUAUUUUCGUAGUACUUAAUACGUUCUGCCUGAAGUGUACCCUAUUAGAGAAUAUAAUACUAGGUCUAUUUUCUUUCUUUAUUAACUUUUAGAUUUCUCUAUUCAGAAAUGAAACGUACGCAGAGGAGAUGCUGAGUCUUCGUCACACAGCAAUGCUGGUUUCUGUAUUUUGAUUAAAAUACUAUGCAGUACUUUAUCUUAGUUGUAUUUUCAUUAUAAUUUUUAUGUAAGAUAAAGGGCCAAAAUUUUAGCUCAAAAACAGGAACGAAACGUAGUUUCCCUCCAUCAGUUAUUGACUCCUAAUUCUUGAGGUGUUUUUUGAUUUUUUUCCUUUUAGCAACACAUUUGGAUAUACAACACAUUCCUUUUUACAAGCAUGAGAUAUUUUACUGUUCCAACAAUGGAUGGUGCUCUUGAUGGUGACAUUUCCACCAUAGGUUCUUAAGUUAUUGGGAUAGUUUUCUAGUUUUCUUUGCAUACAUUGAGCCAUGUAUACUUAUAAUGAAAUAAAGUUAGCAAAAAACCUGGCAG